AUGGCAUCGUGGCAAGAGCUAGCAGCGAGCCAUCGCAACAAACGAGAUGCAGCCAUCCCGCGGGAAUGGGUAUUGCCACAAGACCGCCUUUCUCAGCUGUCCGGCGCUGGAACUGAUGGCGAAGGGCGUCUGAUUCUGCUUGAAUCUAUUCGGAGAUCCGGGUUGUUAACCGACGAGGAAUUCGCAAUCACAGAACACCACAAUGCGACGAGCUUGCUUCGCAAGAUUUCUGGAAAUGUCCUAUCCUCUGAAGCUGUGACCGUCGCGUUCUGCAAGCGAGCGGCCUUGGCCCAGCAGCUAACCUCCUGCUUAACCGAGGUUUUCUUCCAGGAGGCAAUAGACAGAGCCAAAUGGCUGGACCAGUAUCUUCAGGAUAAUAAGACGGUCGUCGGCCCGCUGCAUGGGCUCCCGAUCAGUCUCAAGGCGAGUGUUCACUUACAUACGAGCGUGUCGCGCCAGCCGUCAGUGGAGAACUCAGCUUUGGUUCAGUUGUUGUUGGACGCGGGCGCUGUUCUUUACUGCAAGACCAACAUUCCUCAGACGUUGAUGACUGCUGACUCGGAGAACAACAUCUUUGGCAGGACACUCAAUCCUCACAAAACAAGCCUCACAGCUGGUGGUUCUAGCGGCGGCGAAGGAGCCUUGGUGGCUUCCAGGGGUUCGCCUCUCGGCGUAGGUACCGAUAUUGCAGGCUCAAUUCGGAUCCCAUCCCUGUGCUGCGGUACAUAUGGAUUCAAGCCGACUUCCAGUCGAGUUCCGUACGGCAACCAGGUGCCUGCUCCUUUUACUAAGAUGAGAUUUCCCGGUGGUAUUACCCCCUGCGCUGGCCCUUUGGCCAACUCAAUGGAAGAUCUGGAUCUAUUCAUGAGCACGGUUAUUGGGAAACGACCCUGGAAAUAUGACCCCACUGCUCUAGAUAUUGAUUGGAGGAAGAUUGACUUCGGCCACACCAAGAAGCUGACAGUGGGCGUACUUGCUGAAGACCCAGAGUACCCGUUGAUGCCGCCGGUGAAGCGAGCUUUGGAUGAAGCAGUUGCACUACUCGUACAGGCAGGCCAUAAUAUCGUCUUCUUACCUGCAGAUGAAGCUAGCAGUCCUGGGUUAGGAGGGAGACUUGCCGGCCAGUUUUAUGGUCUGGCACCUUCUGGAUACGAGUCAAAGGAGGAAGUGACCGGCGAGCCAAAAGUGAAAUCAGUUGCACUGGGCGUUCAUCCUUACGGCAAAGCUGGGUUCCCUGUCGACCCUGAACUUGAUCUCGCUCAUAGAGUCGAUUCACUUGCUAUAGCCCGUGACGAUUUUGCGCGAGCUUGGCAGCAUCACUGGUGCGACCGUGAUCUUGACGUGGUCGUUGCGCCAGGGUGCAACACCACAGCAGUGCCUUAUGAUACGUACGGAGUGCCGGUGUAUACCAUGAUGUGGAACCUUCUCGACUACCCAGCUGGCAUUAUCCCCUUCGGCAAAUCUUCGAAAGCUGUGGAUCCAAACCCACGGCAAGCUGAGGGGCAGUUUGAAGCAGACUAUAACCCCGAUGCAUGGGAUGGAGCGCCUUGCGCGAUCCAGAUAAUCGCUCCUCGCUUUCGCGAUGAAGAGUGCUUGGCAGCCAUGCGCAUCAUAGAUAAGGAUCUCAACAAGAGCUAA